GUGUUUAUAAAAACUAUGAAAGUCGCAGCCUUAUUGCUGGUCUGCGCAAUCAGUUUAGCUCAAGGAAAAGAUAUUGAGUUGAAUGAGAAUGGCUGUCCGAUAGACCACAACAUUGAAAAACUCUACCCACACGAAAAUUGCAACAAAUUUUAUCAAUGCACCCACGGAGAUCUUGUCGAAAAGAAGUGUGCUUCGAACCUCUUUUUCGACGUUGAAAAACAAGAAUGUGAUUGGUCUGAAACAGUUGAUUGUGGUGAUAGGGUUAUACCAGACGAGAAAGAAGAUGAAGACUGUGAUGAGACCGAAGGUGAGAAUAAUGACAACAAUGGUACUUGUAACUGCAAUCCAGCUGAAGCGCCAAAUAUCUGUUCUCGCGAAGGUUCCGAUGGAGUAUUAAUCGCUCACGAAAACUGCAAUCAGUUCUACAAAUGCUUCAAUGGCAAACCCGUUACCAUAAGUUGUCCCGGCAACCUUCUCUAUAAUCCUCACAAAAGAAUAUGUGAUUGGCCCGAGAAUGUUGAUUGUGGAGACAGAGUAAUUCCAGAGUGUGAUGACAAUGACAACGGCGGAGGCGGUGGAGGCGGUGGAGAUGGCGACGGCGGUAGUGAUGACAAUGAUGGAACUUGCAAUUGCAAUCCCGGUGAAGCACCUUCGAUUUGCGCUCAGGACGGUUCUGAUGGAGUCUUAAUCGCACACGAAAACUGCAACCAAUUCUACAAAUGCUUCAAUGGCAAACCCGUUGCAAUGAACUGUCCCGGCAACCUUCUCUACAACCCUCACAAGGGAAUAUGUGAUUGGCCCGAGAAUGUUGAUUGUGGAGACAGAGUUAUUCCAGAAUGUGAUGACAAUGAUGGAACUUGCAACUGCAAUCCCGGUGAAGCACCUUCGAUUUGCGCUCAGGACGGUUCUGAUGGAGUCUUAAUCGCACACGAAAACUGCAACCAAUUCUACAAAUGCUUCAAUGGCAAACCCGUUGCAAUGAACUGUCCCGGCAACCUUCUCUACAACCCUCACAAGGGAAUAUGUGAUUGGCCCGAGAAUGUUGAUUGUGGAGACAGAGUAAUUCCAGAAUGUGAUGACAAUGACAACGGUGGAGGCGGUGGAGGCGGUGGAGGCGGUGGAGGAGGUGGAGAUGGUGGAGAUGGCGACGGCGGUAGUGAUGACAAUGAUGGAACUUGCAACUGCAAUCCCGGCGAAGCCCCUUCGAUUUGCGCUCAGGACGGUUCUGAUGGAGUAUUAAUCGCACACGAAAACUGCAAUCAAUUCUACAAAUGCUUCAAUGGCAAACCCGUUGCAAUGAACUGUCCCGGCAACCUUCUCUACAACCCUCACAAGAGAAUAUGUGAUUGGCCCGAGAAUGUCGAUUGUGGAGACAGAGUAAUUCCAGAAUGUGAUGACAAUGACAACGGCGGAGGUGGUGGAGGCGGCGGAGGCGGCGGAGGCGGUGGAGGUGGUGGAGAUGGCGACGGCGGUAGUGAUGACAAUGAUGGAACUUGCAACUGCAAUCCCGGUGAAGCACCUUCGAUUUGCGCUCAGGACGGUUCGGAUGGAGUCUUAAUCGCACACGAAAACUGCAAUCAAUUCUACAAAUGCUCCAAUGGCAAACCCGUUACAAUGAAUUGUCCUGGAAACCUUCUCUACAACCCUCACAAGAGAAUAUGUGAUUGGCCCGAGAAUGUCGAUUGUGGAGACAGAGUAAUUCCAGAAUGUGAUGACAAUGACAACGGUGGAGGUGGUGGAGAUGGCGACGGCGGUAGUGAUGACAAUGAUGGAACUUGCAACUGCAAUCCCGGUGAAGCCCCUUCGAUUUGCGCUCAGGACGGUUCUGAUGGAGUAUUAAUCGCACACGAAAACUGCAAUCAAUUCUACAAAUGCUUCAAUGGCAAACCCGUUGCAAUGAACUGUCCCGGCAACCUUCUCUACAACCCUCACAAGAGAAUAUGUGAUUGGCCCGAGAAUGUCGAUUGUGGAGACAGAGUAAUUCCAGAAUGUGAUGACAAUGACAAUGGUGGAGGCGGCGGAGGUGGUGGAGAUGGCGACGGCGGUAGUGAUGACAAUGAUGGAACUUGCAACUGCAAUCCCGGUGAAGCACCUUCGAUUUGCGCUCAGGACGGUUCUGAUGGAGUCUUAAUCGCACACGAAAACUGCAAUCAAUUCUACAAAUGCUCCAAUGGCAAACCCGUUACAAUGAAUUGUCCCGGCAACCUUCUCUACAACCCUCACAAGAGAAUAUGUGAUUGGCCCGAGAAUGUCGAUUGUGGAGACAGAGUAAUUCCAGAAUGUGAUGACAAUGACAACGGCGGAGGCGGUGGAGAUGGCGACGGCGGUACUGAUGACAAUGAUGGAACUUGCAACUGCAAUCCCGGUGAAGCACCUUCGAUUUGCGCUCAGGACGGUUCGGAUGGAGUCUUAAUCGCACACGAAAACUGCAAUCAAUUCUACAAAUGCUCCAAUGGCAAACCCGUUACAAUGAAUUGUCCUGGAAACCUUCUCUACAACCCUCACAAGAGAAUAUGUGAUUGGCCCGAGAAUGUCGAUUGUGGAGACAGAGUAAUUCCAGAAUGUGAUGACAAUGACAACGGCGGAGGCGGUGGAGAUGGCGACGGCGGUACUGAUGACAAUGAUGGAACUUGCAACUGCAAUCCCGGUGAAGCACCUUCGAUUUGCGCUCAGGACGGUUCGGAUGGAGUCUUAAUCGCACACGAAAACUGCAAUCAAUUCUACAAAUGCUCCAAUGGCAAACCCGUUACAAUGAAUUGUCCUGGAAACCUUCUCUACAACCCUCACAAGAGAAUAUGUGAUUGGCCCGAGAAUGUCGAUUGUGGAGACAGAGUAAUUCCAGAAUGUGAUGACAAUGGCAACGGCGGAGGCGGUGGAGGUGGUGGAGAUGGCGACGGCGGUAGUGAUGACAAUGAUGGAACUUGCAACUGCAAUCCCGGUGAAGCACCUUCGAUUUGCGCUCAGGACGGUUCGGAUGGAGUCUUAAUCGCACACGAAAACUGCAAUCAAUUCUACAAAUGCUCCAAUGGCAAACCCGUUACAAUGAAUUGUCCUGGAAACCUUCUCUACAACCCUCACAAGAGAAUAUGUGAUUGGCCCGAGAAUGUCGAUUGUGGAGACAGAGUAAUUCCAGAAUGUGAUGACAAUGACAACGGCGGAGGCGGUGGAGGUGGCGGAGGCGGCGGAGGCGGCGGAGGCGGCGGAGGAGGCGGAGGCGGUGGAGGUGGCGGAGGUGGUGGAGAUGGCGACGGCGGUAGUGAUGACAAUGAUGGAACUUGCAACUGCAAUCCCGGUGAAGCACCUUCGAUUUGCGCUCAGGACGGUUCGGAUGGAGUCUUAAUCGCACACGAAAACUGCAACCUUCUCUACAACCCUCACAAGAGAAUAUGUGAUUGGCCCGAGAAUGUCGAUUGUGGAGAUAGAGUAAUUCCAGAAUGUGAUGACAAUGAUGGAACUUGCAACUGCAAUCCUGGUGAAGCACCUUCGAUUUGCGCUCAGGACGGUUCUGAUGGAGUCUUAAUCGCACACGAAAACUGCAACCAAUUCUACAUAUGCUCCAGUGGCCAACCCGUAACAAUGAACUGUCCUGGCAACCUUCUCUACAACCCUCACAAAAGAAUAUGUGAUUGGCCCGAGAAUGUCGAUUGUGGAGACAGAGUAAUUCCAGAAUGUGAUGACAAUGACAACGGCGGAGGCGGUGGAGGUGGUGGAGGCGGCGGAGGCGGCGGAGGCGGUGGAGGAGGCGGAGGAGGUGGAGGUGGCGGAGGCGGCGGAGGUGGUGGAGAUGGCGACGGCGGUAGUGAUGACAAUAAUGGAACUUGCAACUGCAAUCCCGGUGAAGCACCUUCGAUUUGCGCUCAGGACGGUUCUGACGGAGUCUUAAUCGCACACGAAAACUGCAACCAAUUCUACAAAUGUUUCAAUGGCAAACCCGUUGCAAUGAACUGUCCCAGCAACCUUCUCUACAACCCUCUCAAGAGAAUAUGUGAUUGGCCCGAGAAUGUCGAUUGUGGAGACAGAGUAAUUCCAGAAUGUGAUGACAAUGACAACGGCGGAGGCGGUGGAGGUGGUGGAGGCGGCGGAGGCGGCGGAGGCGGUGGAGGAGGCGGAGGAGGUGGAGGUGGUGGAGAUGGCGAGGGCGGUAGUGAUGACAAUAAUGGAACUUGCAACUGCAAUCCCGGUGAAGCACCUUCGAUUUGCGCUCAGGACGGUUCUGACGGAGUCUUAAUCGCACACGAAAACUGCAACCAAUUCUACAAAUGUUUCAAUGGCAAACCCGUUGCAAUGAACUGUCCCGGCAACCUUCUCUACAACCCUCACAAGAGAAUAUGUGAUUGGCCCGAGAAUGUCGAUUGUGGAGACAGAGUAAUUCCAGAAUGUGAUGACAAUGACAACGGCGGAGGCGGUGGAGGUGGUGGAGGCGGCGGAGGAGGUGGAGGCGGCGGAGGAGGCGGAGGCGGUGGAGGUGGCGGAGGCGGUGGAGGUGGUGGAGAUGGCGACGGCGGUAGUGAUGACAAUGAUGGAACUUGCAACUGCAAUCCCGGUGAAGCACCUUCGAUUUGCGCUCAGGACGGUUCUGACGGAGUCUUAAUCGCACACGAAAACUGCAACCAAUUCUACAAAUGUUUCAAUGGCAAACCCGUUGCAAUGAACUGUCCCGGCAACCUUCUCUACAACCCUCACAAGAGAAUAUGUGAUUGGCCCGAGAAUGUCGAUUGUGGAGACAGAGUAAUUCCAGAAUGUGAUGACAAUGACAACGGCGGAGGCGGUGGAGGUGGUGGAGGCGGCGGAGGAGGUGGAGGCGGCGGAGGAGGCGGAGGCGGUGGAGGUGGCGGAGGCGGUGGAGGUGGUGGAGAUGGCGACGGCGGUAGUGAUGACAAUGAUGGAACUUGCAACUGCAAUCCCGGUGAAGCACCUUCGAUUUGCGCUCAGGACGGUUCUGAUGGUGUCUUAAUCGCACACGAAAACUGCAAUCAAUUCUACAAAUGCUCCAAUGGCAAACCCGUUACAAUGAAUUGUCCUGGAAACCUUCUCUACAACCCUCACAAGAGAAUAUGUGAUUGGCCCGAGAAUGUCGAUUGUGGAGACAGAGUAAUUCCAGAAUGUGAUGACAAUGACAACGGCGGAGGCGGUGGAGGCGGUGGAGGUGGCGGAGGCGGCGGAGGUGGUGGAGAUGGCGACGGCGGUAGUGAUGACAAUGAUGGAACUUGCAACUGCAAUCCCGGUGAAGCACCUUCGAUUUGCGCUCAGGACGGUUCUGAUGGUGUCUUAAUCGCACACGAAAACUGCAAUCAAUUCUACAAAUGCUCCAAUGGCAAACCCGUUACAAUGAAUUGUCCUGGAAACCUUCUCUACAACCCUCACAAGAGAAUAUGUGAUUGGCCCGAGAAUGUCGAUUGUGGAGACAGAGUAAUUCCAGAAUGUGAUGACAAUGACAACGGCGGAGGCGGUGGAGGUGGUGGAGAUGGCGACGGCGGUACUGAUGACAAUGAUGGAACUUGCAACUGCAAUCCCGGUGAAGCACCUUCGAUUUGCGCUCAGGACGGUUCGGAUGGAGUCUUAAUCGCACACGAAAACUGCAACCAAUUCUACAAAUGCUUCAAUGGCAAACCCGUUGCAAUGAACUGUCCCGGCAACCUUCUCUACAACCCUCACAGGAGAAUAUGCGAUUGGCCCGAGAAUGUCGAUUGUGGAGAUAGAGUAAUUCCAGAAUGUGAUGACAAUGACAACGGCGGAGGCGGUGGAGGUGGUGGAGAUGGCGACGGCGGUAGUGAUGACAAUGAUGGAACUUGCAACUGCAAUCCCGGUGAAGCCCCUUCGAUUUGCGCUCAGGACGGUUCGGAUGGAGUCUUAAUCGCACACGAAAACUGCAAUCAAUUCUACAAAUGCUCCAAUGGCAAACCCGUUACAAUGAAUUGUUCUGGAAACCUUCUCUACAACCCUCACAAGAGAAUAUGUGAUUGGCCCGAGAAUGUCGAUUGUGGAGACAGAGUUAUUCCAGAAUGUGAUGACAAUGACAAUGGCGACGGCGAUAGUGAUGACAAUGAUGGAACUUGCAACUGCAAUCCCGGUGAAGCACCUUCGAUUUGCGCCCAGGACGGUUCUGAUGGAGUCUUAAUCGCACACGAAAACUGCAACCAGUUCUAUUUAUGUUCCAAUGGAAAACCCGUUGCAUUGAGCUGCCCUGAUAACCUUCUCUACAAUCCUUAUAAACGAAUUUGCGACUGGCCAGAAAAUGUGACAUGCGGAGAUAGAGUUAUGCCAGAAUCGAAUAAAAAUGAUUCUUGCAACUGUAAUCCUCGUGCUGCUCAAAAAAUAUGCGACACAGCCAACUCUGAUGGAGCUUUGAUAGCUCAUGAAAAUUGUCAUCAAUUUUACAAGUGUUCUUUCGGAUCACCGAUAGCAUUUUCUUGUCCUGCGGGUCUUUAUUACAAUCCCCAUAAAGAAAUAUGUGAUUGGCCUGUAAACGUCGAAUGUGGAGAUAGGAUAGAGAGUCUAAGUGUCUCCCUGAAUAAGCAUUUGGACGCAGGUAGAUUAAGACCUAUACGUAUUUAAAAUACUACACUACAAACCAAGGGGAAAUGAAUAGUGUAAAAUGAACUUUGCUAGUCGUUACGUAUACUUAUGAAGCAAGCCAUCUAUUUAUUUCAUUUGUCACUGCUCACCCUUAUUAUAAGAAUUGAAACUAUGAUAUUUAAUGUUUUGGCUCUAGUCAAUCGAGUUAUCGGAAAAAAAAACUCAAAAAUUGUAAUUAUUUGAAAU